UUGCGGAGGUGGAAACUCCCGCUGCAGGGCGUGGGGUCGAGCUCCAAGUUCAGGCUCAAGAGUGCGCGCGCGCGCACCAGAUGGUGCACUCGGGCUUCAAGGUGCCCCAUUGACUACGUCUGUUUAAGUCAAAUGCGGAGUUAAGGGGGGCUUGAGGAAAUAGUGGCAAGCCCAGAAAAGGCACGGCACGUCCAGUUCUCCAAGUUUUUGUAAAAGAAGAGUGGGAAAGCGCCACCACUCCGACUCUUAAGCCGAGGAAUCGGCGUCUCCCGGCCCCACCCCCGCAGCAGUGAUGCAAAGAGGACAAAUCACCGACGGAGAGCGGAGGGGAAAAAAAAGAAGAAAGAAACCCCCGGGAGCGGGGAGGGGAGAGGAGAGAGAACAGGCGCGGAGCAGUCUCCAAUCACUGGCACAAGAGGGAGCGCCUUUUGGGGAAACGAACCCCGCAUAAAUAAUUGAGUUUGGAGCCCAGUGCUUUCAGACGCUCGAAGUGCACCUUCUCAGCGCCUUCCGAGUUGAGGAAAAACGGCAGAGGAAGGGGCCGGCGACGACGGGACCGAGAGCAGCUCAGCGGGCGGUGGGACGCUGUGCCCGCAGACGUUCUCAAGAGGGACAGCAGAGCCCAGCGAGCCCCCCGAGGGCAAGGAGCCCUCUCCAGCGGAGGCGGAAAGACAGCUGGCCUCCGCGGAGGCCGAGGAGGCGCCGCAUGGGUAGCAUGCGUGUCUCCGGAGGUCCCGCCGCGGUGUCCGCGGACAACUCCAGCGAGUGGUGGCCUCUGUCCGCGGGUGGUGCCAACCGUAGCGGAGAAGCGGAGGCGCCUGGGGGAGGCCGCAGCCCUCCGGGGGACGUGCGCGACGAGGAGCUGGCCAAGGCGGAGAUCGCCGUGCUGGCUGUGACUUUCGUGGUGGCAGUGCUGGGUAACAGCAGUGUGUUGGUCGCGCUGCACCGCACGCCCCGCAAGACGUCCCGAAUGCACCUCUUCAUCCGUCACCUCAGUCUAGCCGACCUAGCCGUCGCUUUCUUCCAGGUGCUGCCGCAGAUGUGCUGGGAUAUCACCUACCGCUUCCGCGGACCCGACGCCCUGUGCCGCGUGGUGAAGCAUCUGCAGGUGUUCGGCAUGUUCGUAUCGCCCUACAUGCUGGUGGUUAUGACUGCCGACCGCUACAUCGCUGUGUGCCACCCGCUGAAAACGCUGCAACAGCCAACGCGCCGCUCGCGCCUCAUGAUCGCCGCUGCCUGGGUGCUGAGCUUCGUGCUUAGCACGCCACAGUACUUCGUCUUCUCCAUGGUCGAGGUGGACAACGUCACCAAGGCCAUUGACUGCUGGGCCACCUUCAUCCAACCCUGGGGUCCCCGCGCCUAUGUGACUUGGAUGACAGGUGGCAUCUUCGUGGCGCCCGUGGUCAUCCUCGGCACCUGCUAUGGCUUCAUCUGCUACCACAUCUGGCGCAAUGUCCGCGGAAAGACGGCUUUGCGCCCGGGAAAGGGCGCGGAGGGCGCCAGUGGCGCCCUGCAUAAAGGGUUCCUACUCGCGCCCUGUAUCAGCAGCGUGAAAACCAUUUCCCGCGCGAAGAUCCGCACCGUGAAGAUGACUUUUGUGAUCGUGACAGUUUACAUCGUUUGCUGGGCCCCCUUCUUCAUCCUCCAGAUGUGGUCUGUCUGGGAUGACAAACUUGUCUGGGUCGAAUCGGAAAACCCAGCCGUCACCAUCACGGCGUUACUAGCUUCCCUGAAUAGUUGCUGCAAUCCUUGGAUCUACAUGUUUUUCAGUGGCCACCUCUUGCAAGACUGCAUCCAGAGUUUCCCAUGCUGCCAAAGCAUGAAGCAAACAUUGAACAAAGAAGAUUCUGACAGUGUGAGCAGAAGACAGACUUCUUACACAAACAACCGAAGCCCGACCAACAGUAUGGUUACAUGGAAGGACUCGCCCAAGUUUUCUAAGUCCGUCAAAUUCAUUCCUGUUUCCACCUGAGCCCACGUUCAUGCAGCCUGACUCUUAUAAUAGACUUUUGGGUCCACUGGCUAAAUCCAGCUAGAAAUCAGGAGAACAAGUGAACUUAUAAGUGAUAAGCAUAAACUGGUGUGUUGAGGACAAGACUGUGUUUCUAGUUGCAUUUUCACAUUGCUAUGACCAAAAGUUAUGAAUUGUUUUAUACAGGAUGUUCAUUAAAAAGAAAAAAAAAACCCACGCUACACUAAAAUUUGCAGGUCUAAUACCCAGAAUAAGAAGAGAAGUUAUAUUUCUAAAGCAAAAAUCGUAACCACUCUGAUUUACAUUCUGUUGUGGGUUUCCUUUCUUUUAUGUAGGGACAUUGUUUCUGAACAAAGUGAACUCAUCAUCAAUCUUAUAAAAUGAAAGUUAUAUAAAAUGAAAGGAAUUAGAAGAAACUUCAGAGAAAUUGUUUCCAUCUAAUAAAACUCAGUUUCUGAAUGUGAAAAUGCAGCCUCCCACGGUGCCCUGGAGAUGGGAACGUACCUUGAAAAAGGCAUGAGGGUUUGGGGCAUAUGGAGCUGCGGAUGCCUGGUUCACAGCAGAAAGUUAAAUGCUGUAUAUCACCUAUAUUUCAAAAUGUUAACUUUUGAACUGGCAGUUCCUUCCUUGUUUUAGACUCCUCAUGUUUUACCGGUUGCAGAAAGCACAAUUAUUAAGAUGCUGAAGGUUAAAGAAAAUAUUGUCAAAUGGCCAGUAAAAUAUUUUUUCUCCCACUAGUCAGAUUUGUAUAAGAAAUAUCCGAUUUUGUUAGAAGAGUAAAAAUGGAUUAUCCAAGGUACUAUGUAGACUUUUUCUAGAACAUUGUAGAUCUGUCUCGACCAGUGUUAUAAGGUAUCCUGUGUUAAGUGGGUUCAUGUGUGGGGUGUCCAGAUUAUUACUUCAUGUUUGGGGUGUUCAGAUUUGUAAAUAAGAGAAUCUUCUAAAGAGUGACUCAAGAUUGGGGCACCUGGGUAGCUCAGUUGGUUAAGCGUCUGACUCUUAGUUUCUGCUGGGAUCAUGAUCUUGGGGGUCCUGAGAGCGAGCCCUGCGUGGGGCGCCACACCCAAUGCAGAGUAUGCUUGUCCCUCUCCCUCGACUCCCCCCCAUCCACGCUCUUUUUUAAAAAGAGAAAGAGUGACAGGAUACAGAAAGUACUCUCAUGCUUAAUUAAAAAUAAUUAGGUCGUUCCUUCUAAUCUCUCACCCAUCUAACAGUUAUAUAGCAGAGGAGAAGCAUGGUUGGGUGGAUGGGGGUGGGAGAUUGGGGGGAGAAAUCUUCUCUGUGCCUAGUAUGGUUUCCUUUGCUAUGAAAUGCAUGACUUUGGCAAAUUACUUAAAGACACAUAAAGCCUUCAUUUCCUUGGCUGUGCAGUGAGGUUGAUAACACCUCACAGGGUUGUUGUAAGAACCAAAUGAAAUCAAGGGCAUGAAAAGAUCUUCACAAAUGAGUGCUCUGUGAAUGCACCAGCUGCUUUUAUCCUAGUCGUAGGGUCUUCAGAAUCACACAGCGUUUUCCUGUUUACUUUCCAUUAACCAGAAUUUGUUGGUUCAUGUCUGGGAUAUAAAAUCCUAAAAUUUAUAUAUAGCUUUGCUGAUUCAUUGGAAAACAUUGCCAGCGGCCACAAAGCCUGGCUCCUGCCUAACCAAAGUUUUACGAUUUAAAGAUAGAACUUGCUUUCCUUUAAAUACAGGUAAAUCAGAGCCAGCCGAGAGCAUCAGUUUCUUUUAUUUCUAAAAAGAGAUGAAUUGCCGACCCACUUGACUAUUCUGACUGAAUGUUUUGUUAAUGGAACCCAGUGGUUUUUUUCCCUGAGCUUUUUUUCUCUGGCUCCUUCUCCUUCUUAGAGAUCAUGCAAUGAUUUGAGGAUACAUCAUAAAUGUUUUGCAUCCCUUAGAGGAUGCAAAAAAUAGUUAUUAUUAUUUUUUUUUGGAAGCAAUAGUUAUUUUAACAGCAUUAUUGUGGGGAUUUUUUUUUUUAACUUUGUAGAUAAGAACCUGAGGACUGGAUGGCAUUGUGAGAACCUGAAAACUUUGAUUUCACUCCUCCGCUCUUUUGGCUUUCUAAUUUUCUCAGGCUCGCUACUCCCUCGAUGGUCAUGCCUAAAAAAAGUUCACAAAUGUUAUAUAGAAAUUAAGUCUGUAGGUUUUAGAAUUCUGCUUUUUUAAAAACAGCAAAUAUGUCUCUUAAAGGGCACCAUAUGGCAAAAUAUGAGCCACCAAUUAAAUUAAUCGGUUCUUCAUUAUUUGGGUCAUAGCAGCAUCUCAGUAAUCUUGCCCUAUGUGACUCUGUCAACCCUUGUGACUUCUGUUCAACAGUUCAAAACUAAAGCCUUUUUGGUUGGUAUAAAGACGAGCCCAUUCAGUUCCGAAAUAAUAACCUCAUGGGUUUUGUGUUUUUUUUUUUUUUAAUAGAUUGAUGCAUACCUCCAGGUAAAACAAUUCCAUUUGAAUCUUAUUUCUAGGAACCUCUCUCAAAUAAAGUGUGUAUCGACCUACCCAGCUGUGUUCCUUUUAAAUGCACCGGAAGACAAGAUAACACUAAAGAGUAGGGGGAAACACCAGAACCAAGUGCUGGUUCUACACUAGGCAAGGAGACAGUUUUAUUCUCUGUGAUUUAGGCUGAGAAGAUUAACUUAGCUCAUUGCUAAAUGUCCUUGAUGUUAUGUAGGGAAAUGGGAUUCAUAUCCCCAGAACCAUAUUCCGAUUGGAAGAGUCCUGCUUAUUUCAGAAGAAUGGGAACUGCAGGUGGUAAAGCAGAAGAGUGUGCUGGGAAGGGCAGAUUCCCCUUUCUUGACAGAGAAGACCCAGAUACUAUGCCCAGUGAAGGCUUGGAAUCAAGGAUAAACGUGUUAAAUCACCUUGUGUUAUUUUGCAGAGUUAUUUGUGAGAACACCCUGAAAAUAUACAAUAUUACUGUAGCUGCGUGGGUAUGGGGAAUGUAAUUGAUCAACAAUCCUCCAGGUAGGGAGAAACUGGUGGUGUUGGCUGUUGGGCAUUUGAUAAACACUCAUUGUUGAUGAAAAAGGAAUAUUUUAAAGUAUGUAUUAAGUAAUUAGUGGGUUAAACUGGGACCGUAUUUUUAUUUAUUUUAUUUUUUAAAAGAUUUUUAUUUAUUUGGCAGACAGAGAUCACAAGUAUGCAGAGAAGAAGGCAGGGGGGUGGGGGGAAAGCAGGCUCCCCGCUGAGCAGAGAGCCCGAUGUGGGGCUUGAUCCCAGGACCUUGGGACCCCAACCUGAGUGAAGGCAAAGGCUUUAACCCACUGACCCACCAAGGCACCACAGGGCAGUAUUUUUAAAGUGUAAAAAUAACUGUGAAGGAAAUCAGUGAAAUUCUUUAGUUAAGUAUAUACUCCCCCUACAUACAGAGUUUCCAUCAUCCUCAAAGGAGUCUUAUACCAUCAGUGAGGGGAGGGUGUGGUUUUUAAAGGGGAAAAUAAAAUCAAACAGAUUUAAUAAUAUCCAGGAUCCUCCUAAACUUACUAAAGUUCCUAGAAUGGACAUCAAACACAACUUUAAUGGACAUCAAACACAACUUUAUCACACAAAUAAAGUAAUCCAAUAAGGUUAAAGGUUGAAAUUUUUCAGACUUGAAAACCUGCAUUUUUGUAAUGCAAUUUGAUCCUUGAAGCUUUAAAAUGUUGGCUUCAGAGUUUGAGUCUACCACUAAAGGCGUAAGUAGAGCCAUCGAAGAAGCUGAGCCAAUCCUUUACCCCAAACAGCAGAGAGUAGGCUCCUUUAAAAUCCAGGUAAAGUGGGCUCCUAAAGAUGUUCAUACUGGAGGCAACAGCUGUAUUUAGAGUAAGCUCAGGGCAGAGCCAUCUGGGAGUUGCAGAAGCAGCCACUGUGUCUCUACCCUCUCCCUCCCUGUGGUCCUUUUAGUAUCACGCAAUGCCAUCUGCCAGCCUGGGAAUCAUAACACUGGGCAAUAAAUAUGAGAGAAUGAACCUUUGCUACAACUUGACCUUAGCCAGUUGGAGCAAAAAUCUGAAGACUAUGGGGCGCCUGGGUGGCUCAGGGGGUUAAGCCUCUGCCUUCGGGUCAGGUCAUGAUCUCAGAGUCCUGGGAUAGAGCCCCACAUCAGGCUCUCAGGUCAGCAGGGAGCCUGCUUCCCCUUCUCUCUCUGCCUGCCUCUUUGUCUACUUGUGAGCUCUCUCUCUGUCAAAUAAAUACAUAAAAUCUUUUUUCUAAAAAUCUGAAGACUAUUCAUAAGAAAAGUUAUUUCCCUGGAGUCCCCAAGACAGACUAAGUAGGCUGAGUCACACGAAUUGCAUGAUCCCACCAUAUGCAUAGACAUUUUAAGAAUAUUGUUCUAACUCAAUUUUUAAGUACUUUAAGGUAUCAUGAAUGAAACAAUUUAUACGGUGCAUAAUCAUUUGGCAUAAAAAAUGUAUAUGAAGGCCAAAAAUUAAAUGCUGUUUUUUCUUUUUUUA